AAAGACUUUGACAGCUUUCAACAUCAAAUUAUUCUGUAAUCCGUGUGUAUUUUCGUUGCAUGUUAUAAAUUUCAUGCAAUAAAAUGAACGCAAAAGUGCUUGGUGUAGUUAUAUAUUUCGUAUUAAAUUUUAAAUCGUGUUUAGGAGUAAACUAUACCAACUAUAGCUUGAUUACUAUUUACACAGAGACUAGAAGUCAGCUGAAAUAUCUUCAUAUUUUGGAAAAUCAAAAAUACAUGCAUAUAAUUUUUUGUGAGAAACCGUACAAGGUAACAAUAUCUAUCUUAUUGCGAUUUAAUAUACAUUUCUUUCAGUUGGGACAGUCUAUUGAAGUGGUGGUUAGUCCAGUGGACUUAGAAAUGUUCAAAAACAGGGCGGAACACUAUAAUUUAAAUUAUACGAUACUGUUGACUGAUAUUCAAAGGGCAUUCGACAAUCAAUCGGUGAUAGUAGAGGGAGGAAUUCAUGGACAAGAAUGGACUGCAGUGGUGUUUGUGACUUACUUAAUCAACGAAUUGGCACAAGCUGACUCGUCGGAAGACUCUGAAUGGAAGAAAUUAGCGAACAACUACGAUUGGUAUUUGAUACCAGUGCUCAAUCCUGAUGGUUAUGAUUAUACACAUAAAAAGGAUCGCCUAUGGAGAAAGAAUAGGAACCAUAACGCUUCAGUCGAUUUGAAUCGAAAUUUUGACGAAAGUUUUGGAAAAUAUGCAACCAGUCAAGAGCCAAGCAGCGACAGUUACUGCGGGCCAUACCCUUUUUCGGAGCCAGAGACUAAAGUACUAGCGUCUUUUAUCAUGCCUAUUCGAAAGGAAGUGAAAUAUUACUUCGCUAUUCACGCCUAUGGGCAGAGGAUUAUUAUUCCGUAUGAGGACAGAAUACAGCACCUGGAAAAUUUUGGAGAAAUGGAGAAUUACAGCCGACAAGCGAUACGGAAGAUGUACUUACGAACCCAUGUUAAAUUUUGCACUGGAACUGUGUAUGAUACUAUGGGUAUAAGAAUGUCAGGAACUAGCGCAAGUUGGAUGAAAAAAGAAAUGAAAGUUAAAUACGCCUACACAGUUCAAGUGCGUGAUAACGGGACGUAUGGCUACGCGCUGCCCAACGACCAGCUCCGGCCGAUGUGUGAGGAGACCAAGUUGAUGAUGCAAGAGCUCAUGACGGCCAAACCGAGAUACGUCCGAUCACUAUUCGCGGAUGAUGCUGAUAUGAAUGGAGUGUUCCUCCCGCUCAUGUUGUUUUGUGCUAUCGUAAUUGUAACAUUGAAAUAA